UAAAUAUAGAUAAUUAUAAAAAUCUUUGUCGAGAAACAAUCCUCGCACUCUCUCUUGUCUUUUUACUGCAUCGGUAUCUGUUCUUUUUCCUCCCAAAAUCUGCAAAAAGGGUCUUCGUCUCCUUCGAUCCUUUCUUCGUCUUGGUUUAUGAGUUUGGAGAUGAAUGGUAUAGAAAUUGUGGACUUAUCUAGUGAUGAUGAACUUGGAGAGGGAGAUGUGAAAUCUGUUAAAGUGGAACCUGGCUCUGUUAGGAGCACGAUAAAGCAGCAAAAUAACCAUAGUGCUCAAUCUGUUAAGUUCGUUGAUUCCAAAGAGCAAACUAGAAAACAAGCCUCUGAAGCAAAUAAUGCUUUAAGUAAUGGUCAAAGUAGUACUAGUGUUUUGGAGCAAUGCCAGUCUCCGGAUGAUGAUACAGGGGUUUGUUCAACAUCAGCCCUAUCUCCAGCCCCAAUUUGUCGACAAUUCUGGAAAGCUGGGAGCUAUGAAGGGGGGCUUAGUUCCAAGGUCACGUUACAAAAUAGCACAAAUUAUCUGUAUGUGCACCCUUUGUUUCUUCAUUCAAAUGCCACCUCACAUAAGUGGGCCUUUGGUGCUAUUGCUGAACUACUUGACAAUGCUAUUGAUGAGAUCCAAAAUGGGGCCACGUUUGUCAUUGUAGAUAAAACAUCAAACCCGAGGGAUGGGAGUCCAGCUUUGUUAAUUCAAGAUGAUGGUGGUGGAAUGGACCCUGAAGCAAUGCGUCGCUGCAUGAGCUUUGGAUUUUCAGAUAAGAAGUCAAAGUCUACAAUUGGACAAUAUGGCAAUGGUUUCAAGACUAGUUCUAUGAGACUUGGAGCAGAUGUGAUUGUUUUCAGUCGCCGUUUGGAUGAUAGAUCAUUGACUCAGAGCAUUGGUCUACUCUCUUAUUCAUUUUUGACAAAUGCAGGCCAUGACAGAAUAGUUGUACCUAUGGUGGAUUAUGAGCUUAAUUCGUCAAGUGGCAUGUUGGAUGUGUUGCAUGGUAGAGAACAUUUUGCGUUUAAUCUUUCCAUUUUGUUACAAUGGUCUCCAUAUUCAACAGAAGCUGAGCUUUUGAAGCAAUUUGAUGACAUCGGUUCCCAUGGCACAAAAAUUAUUAUAUACAAUUUAUGGCUCAAUAAUUAUGGGUAUUCAGAGCUAGACUUUGAUUCUGAUGAAAAGGAUAUUCGCAUUAGUGGAGAUACCACAAAGGUUGAUGCAUACCCUGCUUGGAAAGCUGUAAAUGAACAACACAUUGCUAGACGUUAUCAUCAUUCUCUUCGUGUAUAUUUGUCCAUCUUGUAUUUGCGAAUUCCUGAAACUUUCAGAAUAAUAUUGCGUGGUGAAAUUGUUGAGCAUCAUAACAUUGCUGAUGAUCUGAAAUAUAUAGAGUAUAUCUUGUAUAAACCACAAAGCGCUGGAUCUGUGGAGGGUGCAGUUGUAUCUACAAUUGGUUUCCUUAAAGAAGCACCUCGACUUAAUAUCCAUGGAUUUUGUGUCUACCACAAGAACCGUCUAAUUAUGCCAUUUUGGCAUGUUGUUAGCUAUACAGUUAGUAGGGGUAGAGGUGUGGUUGGUGUUUUGGAAGCUAAUUUCAUUGAGCCAACGCAUAACAAACAAGGUUUUGAGAGAACUUCCCUUUUUCAUAAGCUUGAAACUCGCUUGAAGGAAAUGACAUGUGAAUACUGGGAUUAUCAUUGCGAACUAAUUGGAUAUCAGAUCAUGAAAAAGUCUCGGCUAGCUGCAUCUCAUGUUUCACCUCAGUUUACAGGACAGAGCAAUGUACAAAAAUCUGUUGGGUUGAAUCAAACUUAUAUGGUUUCUGAUAGAGCAAAAGGACAAUGUGUAGAUGUUGCAGAGCAGUCAAUCUCCAUCUCUCAUGGAAGAAGCACACAAGGACUUCCUAUGAAAAGGAAGGGACAGGCUGACAUGGUAGAAAUUGAAAAGGGGAAAAGCCAAGCAGGGACAUGUGGCAACACAUCUCAGUCUCUCAAUGCUGCUGCAAAUCACUUGAAAGAUCAAGAAACCCAAAAAAUGAUGCAAGAAAACAGGAAACUUCAUGCAAAAUGCUUGGCGUUUGACAAGAGAGGGGAGGAACUUACGGUCAAGGUAGAAGAGCUUAGGAAUGAAAUGGUAGAGGUUCAGCGCGUGUAUGAACGAUUGGUAGAGGAACUGAAGUCCUUGAAUGUCUUCAAGGAUGAAAAGAAUGUAAAUGUGUAAAUACACUGUUUAGUCCUAACACCCAAUUGCUCGAUUCUUUCAAUUGUAUUUUGCGUCUCUGGGCAUCGGGUGAUCUCAACUUAGGGGUUGGGGGUGAUAGGUCGUACCGACUUCAUAGCGGGAGCUAGGGCGGGCGUGACGGGGGUUGGGUUCAGCUCAUUUUGUAUUUUGAAUUAUUUCAGGUGCUCUGAGCUUGUUUCUAGAUUUGGGUAGUUCUUGCAUGUUCUCUUAUAUUUAAGUUAUAGAGAAAAGAAUUAGAUCUUUUUACUUUUGGUUAAACAAACAGGUUCCCCAUUUUUACCAUGGGUAAAAUUGAAAUGGAAGAA